ACAGGUCGCAGCGUCACAGACAGACAGGCAGACAGACAGGUCGCAGCGUCACAGCCCUGUGUGUCGGUCGGGACCUAGCGUUAGCUGCGGUGUAAGCUGCGGGGGAGAGGCGGUUCUUGAAGGCGUGGAAACCCACUUGACGUUACCGAUAACGGGAUAUCGAUCCCAAGUGAUCGGUGCCGAUGAAACGACCCGUCUCGUGUGGACCCGGAGGAGAAGAAGAGACUUUUACAGUCACACGGUUCUUCAGAUACAACCGGAAGGACCCACCAGAGCCCGGAUGUGUGGACUAACGUCUUGAAGAGGACUUUGUAGAGGGAGACGGACCCGAACGGAGCCGAGCGACACCGAGCGGGUCCGAGUGAGCGAAGCGUUUUUAACGGAGUUGUCUGGAGGAAACGUUUCUGUGAGCUCGUGAAGAUGUCUAAAGUCCAACAGCUGAGAUGUUUAGUCAACCAGCGACUAACUGCGGCUGCGCAAGAGAUCUUUGGUCUGUUUGAAAGAACGAUAGCAGAGUACGAGGAGGAACUUUGUAGUUCCAGAGAGGAGAACGAGCGACACCAGAAACGACUGGACGCCGUGUUCAACCCGGAAGUCCGGUUACACAGAGCAGAGGACCCAGAACCCCCCCACAUUAAAGAAGACCAGGAGGACCCAGAUCCCCAGCACAUUAAAGAGGACCCAGAGCCCCCCUACAUUAAAGAGGAAAUGGAGGACCCAGAGCCCUCCCACAUUAAAGAGGAACAGGAGGACCCAGAGCCCCCCCACAUUAAAGAGGAACAGGAGGAACUCUGGACCAGUCAGGAGGGAGAGCAGCUUCAAGGGCUGGAGGAGGCUGGUAUCAAGUUAUCAUUCACUGUAAAGAGUGAAGAUGAUGAAGAGGAAGCUCAGUCCUCUCAGCUUCAUCAAAGACAAACUGAACACAUGGAAACAGAAGCUGAUGGAGCGGAUUGUGGAGGACCAGAACCAGACAGGAAAUUAGAUCCAGAAAGACAUCCAGGACCAGAUACUGAUGAGACUGAGGACAGUGCUGAUUGGGAGGAGACUGAGGAACCUCAGUCUGAUGUUAACCAUCAAAACAAAGAAGUACAUGUAAGUGAUGUGAACUGUAGUACUGGAAAUACAUCAAUCAGCUCUCCUGAAUGUGCUGGAAGCUCUGACCACAAGGGACAUCUGGAGAAACCCACUAGCUCCAAAACAGGAGAGAAACCAUUUCAAUGCUCACUUUGUGACAAAAGAUUUGGAUUCAAUAAGUAUCUAAAGAGACACAUGACUGUCCACACAGGAGAGAAACCAUUUAGUUGUUCGGUGUGUAGUAAAACAUUUACACAAAAGGGAAAGCUGAACGCUCACAUGACUAUCCACACAGGAGAGAAACCAUUUAGUUGUUCGGUGUGUAGUAAAACAUUUACACAAAAGGGAAAGCUGAACGCUCACAUGACUGUCCACACAGGAGAGAAACCAUUUAGUUGUUCCGUGUGUAGUAAAACAUUUACAGAAAAGGGAAACCUGAAAAUGCACAUGCCUGUCCACACAGGAGAGAAACCAUUUCAAUGCUCACUUUGUGACAAAAGAUUUGUAUUCAAUAAGUAUCUAAAGGGACACAUGACUGUCCACACAGGAGAGAAACCAUUUAGUUGUUCGGUGUGUAGUAAAACAUUUACACAAAAGGGAAAGCUGAACGCUCACAUGACUGUCCACACAGGAGAAAAACCAUUUAGUUGUUCAGUGUGUAGUAAAACAUUUACAGAAAAGGGAAAGCUCAACGCUCACAUGACUGUCCACACAGGAGAGAAACCAUUUAGUUGUUCGGUGUGUAGUAAAACAUUUACAGAAAAGGGAAACCUGAAAGUUCACAUGACUGUCCACACAGGAGAGAAACCAUUUAGUUGUUCGGUGUGUAGUAAAACAUUCACACAAAAGGGAAAGCUGAACGCUCACAUGACUGUUCACACAGGAGUGAAACCAUUUAGUUCAGUGUGUCGUAAAACAUUUACAGAAAAGGGAAAGCUGAACGCUCACAUGACUGUCCACACAGGAGAGAAACCAUUUAGUUGUUCAGUUUGUAGUAAAACAUUUAAAAAGAAGGGAAAGCUGAAAGUUCACAUGAAUGUCCACACAGGAGAGAAACCAUUUCAAUGCUCACUUUGUGACAAAAGAUUUGGAUUAAGUUUUAUUCUAAAGAGACACAUGACUGUCCACACAGGAGAGAAACCAUUUAGUUGUUCGGUGUGUAGUAAAACAUUUACACAAAAGGGACACCUGAAGAUCCACAUGACUGUCCACACAGGAGAGAAACCAUUUAGUUGUUCAGUGUGUAGUAAAACAUUUACAAAAAAUGGAAACCUGAAAGUUCACAUGAUUGUCCACACAGGAGAGAAACCAUUUAGUUGUUCGGUGUGUAGUAAAACAUUUACACAAAAGGGAAAGCUCAACGCUCACAUGACUGUCCACACAGAAGAGAAACCAUUUAGUUGUUCAGUUUGUGAUAAAACAUUUUCACAUAAGCACAAUCUGAAACAACAUUUAAUUAUCCACACUAGAGAAACUAAUUAGUCGUGGAGUUUCUCAACAAGAUUCUCUUUUCUCGGUUAUUCCAAAAAUCACAAGUGUAGUUAUGAGAGUCUCUGAAAUAAACAUGGUUAAACACUUAAAAACUGUCAGGCUGAUACAGACUCCAACAUAAAUCUAUUCAGCUGAGAUUAAGCUUCACAUCAAUUUAUAUUCUUUGACGUCAGUUUCUCUGGUAUCGUCUUAUGUUUCAUGUGUUAUGUGUUGUCACGUAUAUAUGAAUUUAAAUGGUUUUCCAUUGUCAAAGUAUUUCAUGUCCUCUAUGCAGCACUGUGGUUUGAGCUGAAUUCUCAUCGGUGAUGAAACUGAGGAACAUUUGUAACCUUCUUUCUCUUCAGCAACGUUUCUCUUCAGUUUAAACUCAAUACUUCCUUCAUUUAGUUUUACUGUAGAAACUGACAUUUUGUUCCAUAACUGAAGAAUGACUGAAUUGAGACCAGAAUUGUGGUUAAUUGUCUCCAUCCUUCUUUCUUCUUCAACAUCAUCCUCUACUGAUCUCCUCUCUUUGACAUUUAGGGAUUCCUUUGUUUUCAGACGUGAAUAUUUAACCUUUUGUUGACUGAACGUUCUCUCUUUGAUUCUCUAGUGUUGUAACAGCUGUUCAAGUAAUCUGUUGUUGUUGUUUUCUUGGUGGCUCACAAACAUUUGGAAAGUUCAGACAAUGUUUCCACCAAAAUGACUUCAGUUCAUUGUUCCUCUGUAUUUGCCCCAGAGUUUAUCACACCUUUAUCCCUUAUUGUAAUUCAUCUGUAACAUCAAUUACAUUUCUUUCAUACCAGUCUUCCUCAUGUUUCAAUAUUGAUUGUAUUUGCUCCUUUGUUUGUAAACAUACUGCUCUCUUUGCACUGCUGGUCGGAUGCUAACCGACAUUUCGUUGCCUCAGUACCUGUGCAAUGACAAUAAAGUUUAAUCUGAAUCUGAA